CGCAUGCGCGCAACUCGCUCCUGUAUCGACCGACGACAUCUUGCCUGCUUCGUCAAUUGUCAACUGGGUUUUCAAUUUCUUCUGGUGUGGUUUUCGCGAGUGAUAUCCAGUGGAAGUGGCGACAGCCUUGGAGACCAUGGAGAGUACUCCAGCCUACGAGGACGGACCGGAGAUAAAGCCUAUAGAAGCAGUGUCGACUCCGGCGCUGGUGGGAAUAUGUCUGGCUGGGACGCUCUUCUUGGCUACGGUGAGUGCGGUGACCUGCGUCUGCUACCGGCGACGCCAGUUUGGCGGCUCUCACAGCAAGUUGGUGACGGCCAAGAGAGGCCGUGGAGCGCCAGAGAAGCCUCUCGCCUUUCAGCAGCACCGUAAGCCAACAGCGGUCAAGAGUCCUGCCGGGGGAACCGGAGGACCUCAUUACCUAAAGAAGAGCCCUAGUCCAACUCAGGGAUGCUCGACACCAGCGGCGGGAGGCUCGGCAGCUACCAGUCCCACAGGAGCAGGCAAGAGUCCCCCGGGAGUCAGCCCCACCGAGUCCGGCAACGAUACAGACCUGGUGCCCGCAAGGGUAUUUACGGAGAAGGAGACUAAGGAUGGACUAUGCACCUCACCCUCCAAGGAAGAGCUGGAGGCCAACGAAAAGAACGCCUCAAGUUGCGGCGGAGGAGCUAACAAACUUGGCCAACUUGUCUUCAAGCUUCGGUACAAGCAGGAGAAGAACAUUCUGAUCGUGUCGGUGGUGAAGUGUCGUGAGUUGCCCGCCAAGGACCCCAACGCUGGCUCCAGCGACCCCUAUGUCAAGCUGCAGCUGUUACCGGAUAAGCAACACAAAGUCAAGACUAGGGUCCUGCGCAAGACCAGAAAUCCAGUGUACGACGAGGACUUUACCUUCUACGGCAUCAACCAUUCUCAACUCCAGAGCAUCACCCUUCACUUCGUGGUGCUGAGUUUCGACAGGUACUCCAGGGAUGACAUCAUCGGCGAGGUGCUCUGCCCCCUUGGCACUGUUGAUAUGACCCAGGCCGACAACCAGCAGCUGACUCUCACUCAGGAUAUACAGCCCAGGAGCCUCAAGAUCCGGUCCCAGGGACGUGGAGAGUUGUUGGUAUCCCUGUGCUGGCAACCAGCUGCCAACCGUCUCACUGUGGUCGUACUCAAGGCAAGGAACCUGCCCAAGAUGGAUGUCACUGGUCUUGCAGACCCAUACGUGAAGAUGUAUCUGAUUUGCAACGGUCAAAGGAUAGCGAAGAAGAAGACUCACGUGAAGAAGCGAACUCUGAAUCCAGUCUUUAACGAAUCUUUUGUGUUUGAGAUUCCUUCUGGGACGGAGGGUCUUGAUAAUGUCAAUCUGGAGUUCUUGCUGCUAGACUGGGAUCGGGUCACAAAGAACGAGGUGAUCGGCAGACUAGAACUAGGCGGGUCCAAAAGCACAGGAUCGGCUCUCCACCAUUGGAAUGAGGUCUGCAACUCCCCGCGUCGCCAGAUCGCCGAAUGGCACAAGUUGCGCGAGUAGACAAUACCUGGCCUGAUCAGCUGAUCCUCACCACAAAUCAGCUGAUCCUCAGCAUCAGCCCAGCACAACGCCAAUAGAUCACACUUGUGUUACAUGUUUCCGUCUUUAGUACACCUCAGGUUGUAUAUGAUUGCUGUACUGUAAAUGUAUAAUUUAUUAUGUGUUACGUUAGUCGAGAGCUUCACUUAUAAAUGUCUCGUGACCUUUAGCUCUAUCUUGUUUACCCGAAUGACAAAUAAAGAGUAUUUAGGUUAGAAAAAGUUUCCCGUUGAAUAAAUUUUCAGAUUGAAUGAUUCGUUUUGAUUACGUAAGGCGUUAGACUUCACGGUUCAGGUUUGCUUUAACUGCUCAUUAAAAUUACACCCCCUAUUGUAAUUUACAUCAUGUCUCCCAUCACCUACCUUGUAUCUCCAUGCAAACUGCAUUUAAUAUCUUCAAUUGUACUUUACCCUUCGACAAGUGCAAGCGUAGGUCUUUGUAGACCAGUAAAUAACAUAUUUUUAUACAGUAAUGUAAAUUUGAUAGCUCGAUGAAGUGAGAAGCUCGAUGGAAGUAAUUUUUAUCAUUGUUAAUUGAUAUUUUAAGGUUUUUGUCUUUUUGGAGUUAAAUGUUAAGUACCUAAUGCAUUUUUAUCUUACGGUUGUGUUAAUGUUAGACGUGUUAAUAGAGGUUGUCAUAGGUAUUGUUGAAGCAUCUAGUAGGAGAUACAAACGCUUAUAGUUUUGCAAAGUUUGAUUUUGAGCAAAAUAAUGAAUAGUUUGAUUUACAUUGCAAUUUUGCUUUUACACUUUUCAGUGAACGUGUAAUGCUGGAUACGUUUGGCAUCUUUUGGAAGUUGUAAGUUAGUAUACUGUAAUGUCAUAAAUACAACGAUAAAGUUAUUUGUGUUACUGACUAAAAAUCAGUUUUUGUUCUGUUUAUAAAUAUGCAUUCUCUAUUGUAGUUAAUUUUUAUGAUUUAUAAGGAGUUAUAUACCGGUUAACCAUACGUUAUCUACUUAGGUUAAACAGACUAAGUUAUUAGAUUUGUUGUACUUUAGGAAAUAUCAUUUUUGUAAUAGCACGAUAAAGUAAGAUAUCGAUUGCCAAACCUACCACUGGAGUAUCUUCUGCAUUAGGACUUCCUUAGAGGUGUCAUUGUAGGCUGAACUUUUAUACUGUAGUCCUGAGAUAUCAACAUGAACACUUGCUUGUAGGGACAAUGUAAAUGCUGUUUGUACAUAUAUUGUAAGGCCGCAAGUAAAUACUGCUUAUUGUAUUUUAUAUAGAGCUCCCUUCACACCAAAAAUUUCGUAAUACACACUGUCUGUCCUUUGCAAUCAUCAAACUGUUAGCAAACUGAGAGUGGAAAUUUCGAGGCGCUGUUUUGUUAGACUCUGUAAUAAAAUAAAUAUAAAAUGCGUUUGGCAGGAUAAUAACAGGAAUAAAAUUCACCAGUAAAAGGAAACUAUGUAUAAGUUACCACAAUCGUACCACGGUACCAAAAUCAUCUUGUUUUUGGAUGCAGAAAACUCCUCGAACCACUCUCACCUACAUCUUAUACUAUUGUCCAUGUACUGAUUGUAUAGAUGUACCCAUGUAUCAGUAAACCCAGUAUAUGCACUAUAAGGAAGAUCUUUUAUCCAGUUGCGUUUGAUAUGACUUGUUUUUGUACAACCUUCCUUAAUUUUAGAUAUAUAAUUUGUUAUAUAGUAUUUUAUGGUGAAUAAAGUAAUCAUAACCAAAAA